GAAGCGUAGCGACACCAUUCGUUUCCCCCUUUGUAGCUCGCCUCCAAAGCGCAAAACCCUAAUUUUGCAGACCGUUCCUCUCAACCUUCCUCUACCAUGGCUCCCAAGAAGGAGAAGGCCCCUCCUCCAUCCUCCAAGCCAGCUAAAUCUGGAGGAGGUAAGCAAAAAAAGAAGAAAUGGAGCAAGGGAAAGCAAAAGGAGAAGGUGAAUAACAUGGUGAUUUUUGACAAGGCUACUUAUGAUAAGCUUCUUUCUGAAGUCCCCAAGUAUAAGCUUAUCACUCCUUCCAUCUUAUCAGAUAGAUUGAGGAUCAAUGGGUCCCUUGCCCGAAAGGCGAUCAAGGAUUUGAUGUCAAGAGGUUCAAUCAGGAUGAUUUCUUCUCAUGCAAGCCAGCAAAUUUACACAAGAGCCACCAACACUUAGAGAGUCAGCUUGUGUUUCUGUUCCGAAAUGUGUUUGUGCGAAACUUGGUAGUUUUGAUUUUCAGCAUUGCAGGGAUUAAGAGAUUUUGGUUAUUAGCGAUAUUCGAAUUUGAGGUUUUUAACUUAUUGGCUUUUUCGUAUUGCGAGCCAACAAGCUGUGGAUUGACUGCGCACUCAUAUAUUUUGGAAUUGUUCCUUGUGUGGACUG